UUUUUACUGAAAUUGAUUUUAAAUUGAAUCUCGAUUCAAUCCACAGAGCGCGUUUAUUCCCUCAUACGUUUCCAACAAUUCCCCAUCUUAAUUUGUUAUCAGGUGCCGAAAGCAUUAUUGUAUGUCCACUUCCAGCUCUGUGUGUUUAAAUGCUGCGUGCCACUAUGAGCUCCAGACACGGUGACGUCAGCGCCGAAACACUGAGCUAAACAAGCGAUUUUCAGCAGCGCGCGCCUCUGCAGGAGCACUCGGCCUGCCCAAACCACUUCUGAUAGUUACCCAGCGUUUGAUCCGAGGACUUGAACAGUGCUCUGCCUGCUUUUCUUCUGUCAGUGACCGCGCCUCUCUGAAGAGCAUCGCACACAGACGGAACGCUCAAAAAUGUCUAUGAAGCCGGAGGCAGAUUCGGAGGGCAGCUGGUACGAGGACGAUUUUGAGAAGAUUGACCGCUUUGGAAGUACCACCACCACCAGGCGUGGCGACUUGGGAGUGGAACGGCAAAUGAGAGACUGGGAGGACGAGUCAAGUGAAGAGAAACAGUUCUCCAGCCAUCCCGAAAGCGACCGGCAACCGCUCCCCGUUGCCAUGGAAACUGCUUCCACAGAUAAGUCAAACUUCCAGAAGUCAUCUACUGAUGAUAGGGAUGACCUGUACACCUCCCUCUUGUCCAAUCAAAGCUAUGCCUCACAUGAAGACACCUCCUACUUUUCUGGCAGUCUGGGCAGAUCUGGUGAUAAAAAUACAUCCAGCAGGGAAGACUUCACCUCUGGAUCCCAUUCCCAGUUGACCUCAGACUCCGGCAUCAAGAGAAACACCAGUGCAGACCAGACUGACAGCUCUCACAAGAUACAUGACUCUGAGAAAGCUUUUGACUCUUCUUACAACUACAUGGACAUCAGUCGUAAAGAGGACUCCUGUAGCUCACAGCACCCGUUUGAGGAGUGGGGGAUGAGUGGCCUCUCACAGCCCACCCAGUACACUAAACUGGAGAAGAGCCCAUCACCGGUAGAAGUGGACAUUGACGACAUCAGCUCUGCUGCAAUUCUGGACUCUCAGACCUUUCCAUAUGUAGAGGAACCAUCUGAUGAAGAGCUGUCUGAUUACCAGCCCUAUCGGUCUCCAGGUACCGGCAGUAGUGCCAGCCCAGUAAAAAUCACCCUGACAGAAAUGACACCUACAUCUGCAUCGCCCACCACAGUCCAGCACAGCCCUACGUUUACAGUGUCAGAGAAGGAGAGUAUUCUGAGUCUGGGGCUGGAGGGAGUGCCAACCGUCACCCUCUCAGAGCCUGAGGAUGAAAGCCCUGAGUCAUCUACACCCCCUACAGAAGAGUCUGACUCUCCUUUGGAUCCAAACAUCCAGCCUGGUGAAACUAAAAUAAUGAGCUCCACCCAAGACAAGACUCAAACAUCUCCCAUCUCACCCUCUCAACCUACUUCCAAGCAGGACAGUUCCCCAGUGGAGAUGAAGUCUUCUCCCCCAAAACCCACCUUGCCUCCUUCCCCCCAGGAUGUUGAAGGUAGCAGUACCGAAUCUGGCGACUCUGAGAUUGAGAUGGUGUCUGAAGAGCCUAGUCCACGAGCUCCCAGCACUGGCUACAUGAGCUUCAGUAAGAGUCCCAGCACAACUUCGUCUACCACAGUACCUUCCACAGUACCCAUCCCAUCUUCUACCCCUGCGUUUGCCCUAAGCACUGCAAUGCAGUACAGCAUCUUGAGGGAGGAACGUGAAGCAGAGCUGGACAGUGAACUGGCUCUGGAGUCCUGUGGAGAGGAAAGUCCCAAAAGAUUGACCCACGACUCCACAAAGGGUUUCAAGGAGACCCCACAGCCAGUCAAAAAACCCACAACCCCGACUUCAGCAACUAAAGAACCAAUCGUGACUCCCACUGCACCUCCUCCAACCAUUCCGGCCCCAACCAGUGCUCCUAAAGAGAAGACAUCCACCAUGGAAGAGAAGCCCAAACCCAGCAGCACAACCCCCAGCCUAGGCCUGCCAGAGCUGAAGGUGGAGCAUCCUGCUGGAGAGGUGCACCAGAAAGAAAGGAGACGGUCCAGUCAAGCCCGCAGGGGCUCUGAGAGAAUGACUGCACCACCCAUCGUCUUCCAGGGUCUAACCAGGGAGAAAGUGAUGGAGUUGCUGCACUGGCGGAACCUGAAGCAGAGUGGGCUGGUGUUUGGCAGUUUACUGCUGCUGCUUUUCUCUCUGACGCAGUUCAGUGUGGUCAGUGUGGUGGCCUAUCUGGCUCUGGCCGCCCUCUCUGCCACUGUCAGCUUCAGAGUUUACAAGUCCGUGCUGCAGGCUGUGCAGAAAACAGAUGAGGGACAUCCCUUCAAAGCAUAUCUGGAGGUGGAGAUGUCACUGUCCCAUGAUCAGAUGCAGAAGUACGCAGAAAACGCCCAGUACUAUAUCAACAACACACUGAAAGAACUGCGCAGACUGUUUCUGGUGCAGGAUCUGGUGGACUCACUAAAGUUUGCAGUGCUGAUGUGGUUGCUGACCUAUGUGGGAGCCCUCUUCAAUGGACUCACUCUUCUUAUUAUGGUGGUGGUGUCCAUGUUCUCGAUGCCUGUGGUCUAUGAGAAAUACCAGGCACAGAUUGAUCAGUAUCUGGACCUAAUAAGAACCCAAGUCAACUCUGUGGUAGGAAAGAUCCAGGAGAAGAUUCCUGGGGCCAAACGAAAGGCUGAGUAGGCCACACAGGGCCCUCUGGACGAGGUUGUGAGCACCUGAAGGGGUCCUCUUUGUACACACACACACACACACACACACACACACACAUCAGACACAAAUAAACAUCACUGGAACAUAGUUCUACUUUGUACACAUUGUGACGUCUAGAGCAAUGGCUGAGCUGUGCAGGAGAAGUCCCAUCCUCGCUUUGUAACAAUAGAAAAAAAUGAAGAAAAAAAGCGAAGCGUGCUAUCAAAUCAAGAUCUAGUCAGAAGUACAACUACUCAAUGAAUUGUAGAAGUAACCUUGAAACAUAAUAUUCAAAUCUGGCAAAAAGACUAGAUGUGAUUUUUUUUGUAUGUGUUGCUCAUGAAGUGCAUGAAGUCAAGAGUCUUAAGUGCUGAUGAAUUCUCUUUUUAUCUUUUAAGUUUGUGUGCUUUCUCAGCUGUGCUGAAAAUCUCUGUAGUAUGUGAAAGAUCUCUGCAGCUUUAUUGCUCUCCAGUGACACUCUCUUCUUGGGAAAAAAAAAAAAUAGCUUUUUGUGGGGCUUUUCCUCUUCCAUCACUAUAUCUGUAAACAUGAUUAACAUAACCGUCAUUGUCAGCUAGACGCAUGGAUCUGUUGAGGUUCAUGAUAUCUGGGCACAAACGCAACUAUUUAGCAAUGUUCUAAUUAGAUAUGGUCAGCUCACUCGUAGCAAUGCAGUAUGUUUAUUUUUCGUAGGGGUCCGCUACAGAGAGUGUUUUUAGGUGCUGUCAUUGCUCUUUUUUUUUGGAAAAUGAUACAAAACAAAAGAGAGGGAGGAGAAGGAAGCUUCAGUGAGUGAUUUCCAGCUAGAAUCUGUUAAUCUUUAUACUGUUAAGUGUUGUUCAUUCUUUUAGCCAUUGACUCUUAACUAUUUGCACUUAAGAUGUACUCAAUACUGAAUGCGAAAAUAAAUGUUCUAAAAUGUA